AUGUCGUUACCGCUCGUUGCUGCUCAGGCUCCGAGUUGUAACGGGUGGACGACCACCGUGCUGCUGCUGCUGCUGCUGCUGCGGUCGUCGUCGAUCCGAUACGAGGCGAAGACCGGUGGUGGUCACGAAAGACCACGAGUGCAGAGGACCACGACGAUUCCGAAAGAAUCCACCAAAGCCAGGCGAGGACCUCUCUUGCCUUGUCGUCGUCAAUCUGAUCGCAAACACGGCGCCGAUUAUCGCAGUAUCAAUGUUUGCGCAGAGCCGAGCGCGGACUUCGCAGCUGCAGUUUAUCUGGUAACCGUGGUCUUGUCAUCGGCAGUUUUUUGA